CUGAAAUCGCUUUGCGGCCGGCACGGAAAUUGCUGGCCUUUCGCCUUCCGCUCUCCCAUGUGAGAAGGGGAAGGUUUCCGAGAUGAGCGCGGUCCGGGAUGCGAAGAGCCUUCUGGCUUUAAGCCAGCAGGAAGAACUAGUGGAUUUGCCAAAGGACUACCCCUUGAGCGCCAGUGACGAUGAGGGGGACAGUGAUGAAGAGAGAAAACAUCAAAAACUUCUGGAAGCAAUCAGUUCCCUUGAUGGAAAGAACAGGCGGAAAUUGACUGAGCGAUCUGAGGCUAGCCUGAAGGUAUCAGAGUUCAAUGUCAGUUGUGAAGGGUCAGGAGAAAAGCUGGUCCUUUCAGAUCUGCUUGAGCCUGUUAAAACUUCAUCCUCAUUGGCCACCGUGAAAAAGCAACUGAACAGAGUCAAAUCAAAGAAGACUCUGGAGUUACCCCUUAACAAAGAAGAGGUUGAACGGAUCCACAGAGAAGUGGCAUUCAAUAAAACCACCCAAGUCCUCUCCAAAUGGGAUCCUAUUGUUCUCAAGAACCGGCAAGCAAAGCAGCUGGUGUUUCCCCUGGAGAAGGAGCAGGCAGCCAUUGCUCCCAUUGAACACGUGCUCAGCGGCUGGAAGGCAAGAACCCCCUUGGAGCAGGAAGUUUUUAACCUCCUCCAUAAGAACAAGCAGCCAGUGACGGAUCCUUUACUGACCCCUGUGGAAAAGGCCUCUCUCAAAGCCAUGAGCCUGGAAGAGGCUAAGAUGCGCCGAGCAGAGCUUCAGCGGGCCCGAGCUCUACAGUCCUACUAUGAGGCCAGAGCUCGAAGAGAAAAGAAAAUCAAAAGCAAAAAAUAUCACAAAAUUGUGAGGAAAGGAAAAGCCAAGAAAGCGCUCAAAGAGUUUGAACAACUGCGGAAGGUUAAUCCAAUUGCUGCAUUGGAAGAACUGGAAAAAAUGGAAAAGGCUAGAAUGAUGGAACGAAUGAGCCUUAAGCACCAGAACAGUGGAAAAUGGGCCAAGUCAAAGGCAAUUAUGGCCAAAUACGACCUGGAGGCUCGCCAAGCUAUGCAGGAGCAGUUAGCCAAGAACAAAGAACUGACGCAGAAACUCCAGGCAGCCUCCAUGAGUGAGGAGGAGGAGGGGGGUGCCGAAGAAGAGGAAGAACUUGUCCCUGAUGCAGUGAAUGAAGUGCAGGUGAAUGCGGACGGCCCAAAUCCCUGGAUGCUCAGGGCUUGCACGAGUGACACAAGAGAGCCUGGACCCCAGAAGGACCCUGAACAACAGCAGCCUGAGCCUGGGGCCCCUGAGAGUGCUGAAAGUGAAGAGGAUGAAAGGCCGGUGCCAGAGGAAGAAACUCUGCUGAAAGAAUUCGAAGAAAGGAGAUCCCUUAGGAAAAGGGCUGAGCCAGCUUCCAGUCAGGAAGCCAAAGAUUCUAGCACCCAGGAGGUGCUGUCUGAAUUGAGGGCACUGUCUCAGAAACUCAACAAGGAAAACCAUCAGUCCAGGAAGCACAAAGUGAGUUCAGUGAAGACUGUUCUCCAGGCUGAGAGAGGGAAGCCAGCCCCUGCCUCUGCCACAGAAGAAGAGGAACCCCUGCUGCUGCAGACACCGAGAAGGGUACAAACUCUGGAAGAGCUGGAAGAACUAGGUGAAGAAGGAUGUUUUCAGAAGAAGGAGCUUCCCGGGCCUGCAUUAGAAGGGCAGGUGUCAGAAAGGAACCCAGAUAAUGAGCCAGAUGCCCCUAAAGGGAAGAAAAAGAAGGAGCAAAUGAUUGAUCUACAGAACCUGCUAACCACAGAAUCACCCUCUGUGAAGUCUUUGACAGUUCCCACCACAAUAGAGGAGCUGGAAGAUGAAGAGGGGCAAGACCAAAAGCAGAUAAUAAAGGAAGCUUUUGCUGGGGACGAUGUCAUCAGAGACUUCUUGCGAGAGAAGAGGGAAGCUGUGGAGGCGAGUAAGCCAAAGGAUAUGGACCUGACACUGCCUGGUUGGGGCGAGUGGGGCGGAAUGGGCCUGGAGCCCAGUGCCAAGAAAAGACGCCGGUUUCUCAUUAAAGCCCCUGAGGGUCCUCCAAGAAAAGACAAGAAUUUACCAAAUGUGAUUAUCAAUGAGAAGCGCAACAUCCACGCAGCGGCGCAUCAGGUGCAUGUGCUUCCGUAUCCGUUCACCCACCAUCAGCAAUUUGAAAGGACCAUCCAGACCCCUAUAGGAUCCACUUGGAACACUCAGAGGGCCUUCCAAAAACUGACUACUCCCAAGGUUGUCACCAAGCCAGGCCAUAUCAUUAAGCCCAUAAAAGCAGAGGAUGUGGGCUACCGCUCUUCCCCAAGGUCAGAUCUCUCUGUCAUCCAGAGCAAUCCAAAACGACUGUCCACACUUCACAAAAAACAGCUGCAGAAAAGCACUGCAGACUAAAUGGCCGGACGAGUGACAUCUUGGUGCCCGGGAUGGGGAGCCCUGACUGUUCCUCUUUUGGCCACUCGGUGCUGCAGGAUCAACUCCAAAACCAGCUCGGCACACUGGGUGCACUUAAGCCACAUUUUAGAAAUAAAGCCAUUUGUAUCUAU